AAAUAUUUAUAUCACACCUGCCUCUCAAUCUUUGUUUAUUUUGUGAACAAUUGUACAACAUUAUGAUGCAUUCCUUUAACGGGAUACUGAUUAUAUAACAGUUACUGAAAUUGACGCCACCUAUGUAGAAAUCGCUAUUUUACUCUUCGGACGUACUUCCGACGAAUAUGGGAAAUACAUGCAAGCAUUUUGGCAAUGGAUGUAACAUUUCCGACACAAAUGAUGAAACUGCAUUAACUGAAAACAGCUAUUCACAUCAUGAACAAAAAGAGGAUACAUUGCAAUCGGAGCUGUCUGCAGACGAUGAAACAGAUUUCAAUUUUGCAUCGAAGAGAGACGAAAACGAACUUGUCAUGUCAACAUCAGCAGAUGAGUCAGGCUUCAACAGAUACUCAUUGACUUGCAGUAGCGGGUAUUCAACUUUUUCUUCCGGAAAUACUAGCUAUAAAGAGAGGGUAAAUAUAUCCAGCUUCUAUCUGUCUCCCAUGGAGGAAAUCAAUAUGCCACCUGUAAAGCGUGGCCUGGCAAAAGAAAACGAAAGCCACAUAAAAAGAAACUUCCGAUAUUUGAAGGAUGAACUAGAUGUAGAUUGUGGCCUGAUUGAUUAUUUUAUCCAAGAGGACAUCUUUACUGAGGAUCAGGUCGAUGCUAUAAGUUCAGCUGGUUCAAGACGUCGCAAAGUUGACUGUUUCCUUCGGAUGCUUCUACGUUCAAAGGAUUCUGCGUAUGAUCAUUUUUUCCAUGUUCUUAGCGAAUUUGGAUAUGACCACGUUCGAACGUUUCUUGAAUCUAAUUGUUCAAACCAAACAAUAGACUUGGAAAAUGGCACUGCUCUAUGUAACAAUGCUCCAUGGAUUAUCAUAGAAACGCAUAAAGUCGUUAUUUUGGAACAGCUAGAACCGGACAGUAUUGUAGAUUACUUCUUGCAAUAUGAAGAAUUUACUGUAGACGAGUAUGAAUCUGUUAUAUCUUUCCCUACACGCCGGGCUAAAGCUGAAAAACUUUUGGAAAUACUGUUGUAUGCAAAUCACAUGCCUCGAGGAUAUUAUGUAUUCAUCAGAGCAUUGGAGGAUACUACAGAGAAUUAUUUACUUGAACAGCUUACAAAAAAUACCUCAGGUCAAUACAGUAUACAAGCAGAAUCAGAGCCAGAUGAUACCGUAGAAAGGCCCAGGAAUGAUAAAAUUUAUAAGAUUUAUUCACAGAGGAAACAAAAUCUAUCGGAAGGAAAGUAUUGGUGUUUUGUGUUGUGGAAAACCCUUUUUUAAAAGUCCAAUCUGAAUAAUUUAGUUUAAUUGAUAUGGAGGGGUUUGGUUCAUCUCCCACAUACCCUACAUCUAUGACAUGUUUAUCAUAUGUUAUAAGUAUUAGGAUAUAACAUUCAGAUUGUUCAUAAAAUAAAUAUACACAUAUGAGUAAGACUUGUCUGGAACCACUGAAAAUAUGAGCAUUUGGUAAAGUUGAAUAGUCACAUGCUAAUUAAUUAAUAUUAAAAUUGCCUGUUAAACAUAUGCUCUAUUUUUCUUUCUUUGUUGAUAUAUUUUCAGUACAUGUCGCCUUUACCUUUUUUGAUAUCUGUUCUUAUAUUUUGAUGUAACAGGUUCUAAUACAGAAGGGAUCGUUGGGCAGUUCAGUAUAAUUGGAAAUAAUAUGCUUUUGCAAUUACAAUUUUUUGUGUAAAAUUUCAUUCCUUUUUACAUACAUGCAAGGGUUAAACGUAAAACACACAGAAAGACACUUUAAACGUAAUACCUCAUGUAAAUUUCAUUGUCAUCUGUUAACAAAAAUAGUGAAAAUAUCUUAAAGAAAUAAAACAUGAUGAAAUUAUAAAAAUUAUAGAAAAAUGUAUACCGACAUCAUAAAUAAUUUUAGGCUUUAUGAUUAUAGAGAUGACGUUGUUAGUAUCUUUGACGUACAAAGCUUUAUAAAAUUUUCAUGCCUAUUUAAUUUCCGAUCAUACCCGCGUCUGCACCGCUCGCUAUUUAUCUAAACCAUAAUUGCUAUAUAACAUGAGCUUCGAGAUACAUUUAAAUUUAUUAAAUUUAAUUCAAAACCUAUUUCAACCAAAGUAUGCCAUUUCUAAACAAUCCCAAAUAUAUUUGUUCGGGGCAUUUCUUCUUAGCUUCCAAUUACCUUCGUUAUUUAAAGAUGUAUGGCCGAACUAACACAUUUGGGGUUGUCUCUCUAUUCAAAAUUCCACCAUUUCAUUACUAAAUGUUUUGGGCUUUUUUAAAGGGAUUCCGUUCUCUCUAUUUCUUACCGUUAGUUAAGUCAGGCUUACUUCAUUUUUUUUGUUUUAAGAAUUUAAAGCACAAGUAUACAUCUAAGGUUUAAUUAAUUAAAGAGUGUUAAUGUUAUCAAUUUCCUCUAUCAUCUCCUUAGAUAAAAAAAACUUCGUAAAGUGGCACAAUUGAUCUAAAUAUAAUAUUUGUUCUUAGAUAAUAUUUAUCUUUUGGUAUAAUUUUAUACGUUUUUAUGUUUCAUAGAUGAUUGCGAAACUACUCUUAAAGUUACAGUCGUUGUCACGAAAAAAGACCGGAAUGGGACAAGGACGCAAAGCAAACCACUUGAAGAGAGAAUUUUUAAAUCUAUAACAAAGGAGGAAACUAUAGUGGAAAUAAAUGAUGUUCUUAUACCCGAAACACAGUCUUUGAUUAUAAACAUCGAGAAAGGGAGUAUUGUUUUUCGAAUCAAAUGCUAUGGUUCCAGGCAACAUAGCACUGAGGAAAAAGACGCUGUGGUCAUCGAAAAGGUCUUGAAAGUCAUUUUCUCAAACCCACAAGUACAGAAGCAUCUUGGGGACAAUGAAGUUUUUUUCACAGAUAUUGAAUACAUUCAAACAAAUGAUAAUAAGCAGAUCGAUGGAACCAAUUUCAAGAGUAAAGACAUCAUUUCAGAGAAUAGGUCCUUUCUGGUUGAAGAGCUCGACUCAAUCAUGUUUCAAAACCUUGAUAUUUUCACUGAGCAAGAAAAGGAUGCAAUUUCACAGCUAAGAAAAAUAUCUCGCGCUAAAGCAACGAUGCAAAUGUUGACAUGUCUGUUAGCUAAACCCGAAUGUGAUGUUGACAAAUUUACAGC